AUGCACUUUACCAUAACUUUUCUCGCUGCCGCCGGCCUUGCCAGUGCAGGGCUACUGGAGACCGUCAUCAAGAGAGAUGACUACUGGGGUGGCAGUGUCUCGCUCGGUCCAUCCAAGUCGACCAUUAUCAAUGCCGUCACGACGUUAAUCCCCGGAGCUGCCCCAGAAACUCAGAACGGCGAGUUAUUCCUAUGGCCUGGGAUGUCCAACGGAACCGGUGACCUGGUCCAGACCACCCUCGAAAGUUGGCCCAGCAACGCAUGGUGCGGAGCAACCACCGGCCAGUGGUGUGUGCGCGCCAGUGUUUUUGGCAGCUUCGGUCAGCUUGAUGGCACCGGAUCCCCCGUGAGCGGAACCGACGAGGUGCGGAUUGAGUACAAUCUUGAGUCCGAUGGACAAACCUGGAAGCAGACUGUUACAAAUGGCCAGACUGGUGCCCUUCUUUCAACUUACUCCCACGAAUCUGGACCCUACAUGCGAGGAUAUGGCACCGGAACUGAGUGUGACGACAACUGCUCAGGAACCAUCGCGGCGCAGAAAUACUUGAACACGGUUAUUACUUUGGCCUCGGCUGAUACUACCUUUGGCUCGACGAUUGCUAGCGCGGGUGGUGCCACUUAUACUGGACUUUCAUCUAGUCAGGGUGGGAAGGUGUGGACUAUCACGCAGAUUGACAUUCCCUCAAUGGAUUGA